AAACCUCACCUCUUCCUUCUUCUGCUAACGUUUCCUUCAUUUAUAAGCCCCUUUCCGUUUCGCGGACUUUCGUAGAGCUUUAUUCUUCCCUCCCUCCCUCUCUCCCCCCUGUGAUUUUCUUUUAUUUUGGGUUUACUUUAGGUCCCUUGGUUUGAAGGGAAAGGUGAACGAUGGGGAGGGCGGUGGCGGUGUUGUUCAUCGCUUUUGUGUUCGUUCUUCUGGAUGUGACCCAAGUGAGAUCAGAUGCAUCAGAUCAUCGUUAUAAGGAAGGAGAUCUGGUGCCUCUUUACGCUAACAAAGUUGGGCCUUUUCAUAAUCCCAGUGAAACCUACCGUUACUUCGAUCUUGCAUUCUGUUUACCAGAGCAUGUGAAGGAGAAAAAGGAAGCUCUUGGAGAAGUAUUGAAUGGUGAUCGUUUAGUGAGUGCCCCUUAUAAACUUGAAUUCCUGAAGGAUAAAGAUUCUGAAGUAGUUUGUCAAAAGAAACUCACUAAAGAAGAUGUGGCCAAGUUUCGGUCUGCUGUACGCAAGGACUACUACUUUCAGAUGUAUUAUGAUGAUCUACCUAUUUGGGGUUUCAUAGGAAAAAUUGAUAAGGAUGGAAAAGACCCUAGUGAUUAUAAGUACUACCUGUACAAACAGAUUCACUUUGAAAUUUUUUAUAACAAGGACCGUGUUAUUGAGAUCAAUGUACGAACAGAUCCAAAUGCACUUGUGGACCUUACAGAGGAUAGAGAGGUUGAUGUGGAAUUUUUGUAUACUGUAAAGUGGAAGGAGACUACUACUCCUUUUGAGAAGCGUAUGGACAAGUACUCUCAAUCUUCUUCACUGCCCCAUCAUUUGGAGAUCCAUUGGUUCUCGAUCAUAAAUUCAUGUGUGACAGUACUUCUUCUAACUGGGUUUCUGGCAACCAUUCUCAUGCGAGUCCUUAAGAAUGAUUUUGUCAAAUAUGCCCAUGAUGAAGAAUCUGCUGAGGACCAGGAAGAGACUGGUUGGAAGUACAUCCAUGGAGAUGUGUUUAGGUUUCCUAAGUUCAAGUCUCUAUUUGCAGCUGCUCUUGGCUCUGGUACCCAGCUGUUUACACUCACCAUAUUCAUAUUCAUUCUGGCACUUGUUGGUGUAUUUUAUCCAUACAAUCGAGGAGCUCUGUUUACUGCACUUGUUGUCAUAUAUGCACUCACUUCUGGGAUUGCUGGCUACACUGCAACCUCCUUCUACUGUCAGCUAGAAGGAACAAAUUGGGUUAGAAAUCUACUUUUAACUGGAUGCCUUUUCUGUGGACCUCUGUUCCUUACAUUUUGCUUUCUGAAUACAGUAGCAAUUGCUUACAAUGCUACUGCUGCUCUUCCAUUUGGCACAAUUGUGGUGAUAGUUCUCAUAUGGACCCUGGUAACAUCACCUCUACUUGUGUUGGGUGGGAUUGCUGGAAAGAAUAGCAAGUCAGAGUUCCAAGCUCCUUGCCGAACCACUAAAUAUCCCAGGGAGAUUCCACCGUUGCCAUGGUAUCGUGGAACAAUUCCCCAGAUGGCAAUGGCAGGAUUUUUGCCUUUCAGUGCUAUAUACAUCGAACUUUACUAUAUAUUUGCAAGCGUCUGGGGUCACCGGAUUUACACCAUAUAUAGCAUCCUGUUCAUUGUCUUCAUCAUACUGUUGAUUGUUACUGCUUUCAUUACCGUGGCACUGACAUAUUUCCAGCUUGCUGCUGAGGACCAUGAAUGGUGGUGGAGGUCAUUCCUGUGCGGUGGAUCAACAGGCCUGUUCAUCUAUGCCUACUGUUUGUAUUACUACUAUGCUCGCUCUGAUAUGUCUGGAUUCAUGCAGACUUCAUUUUUCUUCGGAUACAUGGCCUGUAUAUGCUAUGGUUUCUUCUUCUUGAUGCUUGGAACAGUUGGUUUCCGUGCUGCCUUGCUCUUUGUUCGUCACAUAUAUCGAUCCAUUAAGUGCGAGUAGCCAGACGUCUUGUCCUCACAAGAGUCCCUUAGAGCUGUUAUCGUCUUCAUUUCAUAGGUAUUGUGCAGAGAAUUACAUUGAUUCUGUGGCUCUUUAUGUAUAAGGGAAAGCUGACAGUGGGACUCAGCUUCCAGAGAAGCAUGUUAGAUCCCAAAAUAGGUCCUUCUUGGGACUACUUUUGUACUGCCAUCUCUUUAACCAAACUUUGCAAUACUAUUUUCUUUUUUCUUUGUGGACUUCUUCUAGAAAGCGAGAACCUGUUACCUUUACAACUUUUAUCUAGAAAAUGAGGCACAUCAGACUAAUGAAAAUUUUGUUGCUAUCAUUUGUGGCA